AUGACAACUUUACCCUCCGUAGUCGAUCGCCGGAAUCAAUAUCUCUUCCCGGCGGCACUCGCUUCCCUUCUAUUCAUCGGCUCUCUACGAAUUCUCCUCGAUAAUUUGAAGAACAGCCAGCACACGCGCUCUUUUUUCCGCCCACCGACGGACAGAUAUCGACCGCCCAUUCUCGUUUCCGAUGACGAAACCAUUGAAGAUGGUUGCAACAUAUUUGAAGGCAAAUGGGUUUGGGACAAUGAGUCACAUCCACUCUAUACAGAACAAAGUUGCCCUCUUUUGGUCAAACAAGUGACCUGCCAGAAAAAUGGGAGGCCUGAUUCAUCGUAUCAGAAUUGGAGAUGGCAACCAAAUGCAUGCAAUUUACCAAGGUUUAAUGCUUUGAAAUUGUUGGAGAUGUUGAGGGACAAAAGACUCAUGUUUGUAGGGGACUCGGUACAAAGAAGCAUGUUCGACUCGAUGGUCUGUUUGGUCCAAUCCGUAAUUCCCGAAGGCAAAAAAUCUCUACGAAAAGUCCCUCCGAGAAAGAUUUUCAGAGCCGAGGAAUAUAAUGCAUCUAUCGAGUUCUACUGGGCUCCUUUCUUGGUCGAGUCUAUUUCAGAUCAUGCAACGAAGCACACAGUUAUGAAACGGUUAGUCAGGCUCGAUUCCAUAUCUAAUCACAGCAAACAAUGGGAAGGAGUUGAUAUAUUGGUGUACGAAAGCUAUGUAUGGUGGAUGUACAAACCCACGAUCAACGCCACGUAUGGGAAUGUUGAAAAUGUUGAGGAGUACAACGUGACCACAGCCUACAGAAUAGCAAUGGAAACUUGGGCAAAUUGGAUAGAAACCAGCAUCAAAUCUCAUACUCAAAAGGUCUUUUUCAUGACCAUGUCUCCAACACAUUUGUGGAGCUGGGAAUGGAAGAGUGGAGACAACGGGAAUUGUUUCGGUGAGUCAGAACUGAUACAACGGCCGUAUUUUGGAACGGGUUCAAAUCUAGAUAUUAUGGGCAUAGUGAAAGACGUUCUAGGACGAUUGCGAGUUAAUGUGAGAUUACUCAACAUUACCCAGUUGUCAGAAUACAGAAAAGACGGUCACACAUCGGUUUAUGGCGAACGAAAAGGAAAACUCUUGACGAAAGAGCAAAAAUCAGAUCCGAAAAACUACGCUGAUUGCAUUCAUUGGUGUUUACCUGGAGUUCCCGACACAUGGAAUGAAAUUUUAUACGGAGUUUUGUUACAGGACUAUCGUGUUUUUAGAUAUCAUCGAACACAAGAUAGUUGAUUCAUGUAUUUCUAUUUCAGAAAUACAAC